AUUACUGACGAUUUUUUGAGAAUGAGGUGUGUGUGGGCCGCACUCUGUGGGACUGUACUGCUAACGCAGGUUAUAAUAACCAAUUCACAAACCUCAGAUUCAUCCAUUGGGGACUGUUCUCAGUUUAACUCGUGUAAUGGCUGCAUCAACGGAGACUCGGCCCUCAACCUGACAAGAUGUGUGUGGCAAAGUUGUAAUGACGGAAAUGACACAAGAUGCAUGUAUGACACUGAAGACUCUGGGGGCUGCUCUGUCUACAAUGAGACCGGCAUGUGCCAAACAGAUGGAUCCGCUGAUGAUGGUAGCAAAGAUACAACCUCUGGAUCAGGCCCUGAUUUCUCUCAAGCUUCAUUUGACCUGUCCAGCUUCAUCGGAGGAAUCAUCCUGGUAUUGGUGUUGCAGGCUGGGGCUUUUUUUGCCAUUCGGUUCCUCAAAACGAAAGACAGCUCUUAUGAAACUAUUGAUCAACCUCAGUGAGUCAUGAAUGAGGCGAGAAUGGAGAGAAAAUUGUGGAACAAUACAAAGAAAAGCAGAUAUAGACACUGUUUUUUUCUUUUUGCUUGUCCUAACACCUUAUUAGCCUAAUUAACUUCUUUGGUUAAAUCACAGGUUCUUGAACGAUAAAAACUAUUUCUGUGUACAGAAGAGAGAAAUGUGAAAAACAAAUAAUAUAAACAUGUAGUGUAUGCAGAAUUAUUCACAUUGGAGCAUGGGUAUAUGGUUGUCUCUUGUGGAGUGAGUCCUUAACUGUUUAAUGUAAUUUACAUCUCUGGUUUGGCUCUGUUUCUGUUUGUUAGUUUGAUUUUAAAGAUUGUUGAAUAUUUAGAAAUAUUGCAUGCCAUUUUAUCUGCUUUUUAUUAAAUUAAAAAUUGAAGCAAUAAAGUAAUUACACUCUGGAAUGUUAUUCAACGUUUACCCUGUAGGUGUCAGUAGAAUGACAUUUUAACAACCUAAACCUCUCUGGGCCUGGAGGAUGCAUUCUUA